AUGGAUGUCUUGGGCCUUAGACUCUUGAAGCUUACCCAACAAGAUCUUGACGAUGACAUGAAGAGUGUAGAGGAAUCUGAGAAUUCACAGCCACAAUAUUGUAAGAGAAAGGUCAUUUCAGUUGAAGAUUCUGAUGAUGGUGAUGAUGAUAACGUUUUUGAAACUGAGAGAGAAGACUUCCCUAAACCGAGAGAUGGUGGAAGAAGUAAUGCAUCUCAGAAAAAGAAGAAGGAUUAUGGCCAAAAAGAAGAAGGAUUAUGGGAUGAUAAAGAUGAUGAGAUUGGCAUGUCAAGUCAGCCGAGUAAAAAGAACACGAAAGAAGGACAUGUUAGUGAUAAGACACCAUCUUCGCAGAGUAAGAACAAUAGUAACAAUGAUGAGCAGGAUGAAAGUGAAACUGACAAUGAUGAGGAGAAUGAUACAGAGCAAAAAGAGAAUGCAAAACUUAAAGCAAGGAAGAUUGAUCAGCUUGUUUUCCGCAAGAUGGUUUCUAAGUCAAUUAUUCAGCAUGAUCUUCCCUUUUCUUAUGUUGAAUAUGAAAGAGUCAGAGCUGUGUGGAAGUAUUUGAACGAUGAUGUGCAAGUGAUAAGUCGCAAUACCGCUGUCGCAGAUGUCAUCAAAUAUUAUGAGAAUGAGAAAGCUGCAUUGAAAAGGGAAUUGAGAAACCUUCAUGGUCGGAUUAGCUUCACUUCUGAUCUGUGGACCGCAGUGACUGACGAAGGCUAUGUGUGUUUGACAGCACACUACAUUGACAGCAAAUGGCAAUUGAAGAACAAGAUCCUAGUAUUCAAUGCUCUGCCACCACCACAUUCAGGUAUAAAGUUAGCUAUGCAUCUUCUUGAGAUGUUGAAAGAGUGGGGAAUUGAUAAGAAGGUGUUUUCACUCACCCUAGACAACGCUACUAGCAAUGAUUGUAUGCAAGAUAUCCUGAAAUCUCAGCUGGUUUUGCGUGAUGAUUUGUUGUGUGGAGGAGAAUUCUUUCAUGUUAGGGAGAGUAUUAAGUAUGUGACAGCUUCUGAAUCCCGUGACAUUCUUUUUAGAAGAAGUUGUGAAUCUGCCCGUGUAGAGGAGAAGAGGGAAUUGAUUUUGGAUGUGCCAACGAGGUGGAAUUCGACUUAUCACAUGCUUGAGAGGGCUCUCAAGUAUAGAGCUGGUUUUAUCAAUCUUAAAACAAUGGAUAAGAACUUCAAGAGUAGUCCUACCAAUGAAGAAUGGGAUAGAGCAAAAGCCAUAUGUGAUUUUCUGGAGCCGUUUGAUGAGAUCACGAAGCUUAUAUCAGCUAGCAUCUUGGAUCCUCGCUUGAAGCUCACACUUGUUCAAUACUGCUUUGAGAGGGACUGUAGUUUCACUUGCAAAACGAAGAUUGAGCAUUGUGAAGAUUUCUUCGCUUUUAGAAAGUCAAAUGUUGCUUUUAGUGGAAAGUCUUCCCUGGAUAUUUAUCUCGAUGAACCGCCUCUUGAUACAACCGAUAUUAAGAGCCUCCUAGAUUGGUGGAAAGACAACUCAAAAAGAUUUGGUGAGCUAUCUUCUGUGGCAUGCGAUGUGCUUAGCAUACCUAUCACAACAGUAGCUUCGGAGUCUUCUUUAGCAUCGGAGGUCGAGUUUUGA